AUGGCGAGGCCGCGAGUCCCAAUCGCCAGGCUUGAAAAGUCCGACAGUAUGAUUGUGCAUCUUGGAGAUCGCGAAUCAAGCGACGGUAGAUUCCUCAAAUACAUCGACAGAAGAUAUCCCGAAUCGCUUGCGGUAAAAGGAAGUCAUAUGGGGCCGGCGCAAGAAGGGCUAGCUCUGAGAAGUCGAGAAUGGUGCAAGACAUUGAAAACCACUGCACAGACCGUCCCAACCGACACUAUAUUCCGAGACGAUUUGUUCCAUGAGACCUGUUUUGCGCUGCAGGACAGGAACAAGGCAAGAGUUGCACAAGAUAUUGGUCGCUUGAUUGUCCCCUCCGCAGAGACAUUAGCACAGUAUGGAGCGACGCAACUCAACAAUUUGAUCGAAAAUAUCAACGAACGUUGGUCUGCUGCGAUUUCGUUCGAAGGCCCACUUCCCCAGCCGGAUUACGCAGUUGGAUUCCGGCCCUCUGCUUUCUCAGCAGAGCAAAUGAAGAGGUUGCACCCUUUACUCGGAGACCCUUCCACCGACGCCUCAUUCUUUGGCGCCACAUCUCAAAUGCUCCUCCCAUUCUUGACAAGUCGAAUGACAUCGGGUGCCGAAGUCUUCGAAGCCGCCGAUCGAAAGAAUGCGCACGAUAUGACUGUCGCAGUCAGAGGUGUUGUCGAGUUAUUCCGCGUAGCAAAUCGCGAGGCCGAGAUCAACCGGGAAAUUCUCGCUUUCUCGGUGUUGAUUGAUGGCAGCCAUGUCACAUUGUAUGGGCAUUACGCCUUGAUCAAUGGUCCAGGAACAGCGUAUUAUCGCCACACUAUCGAUGUGUUUGAUUUCGCCGCUGACGAUGGCGCAAACAAAUGGACAUCGUAUAAAUUUGUCAAGAAUAUUUAUGAGCUUUGGAUGCCCAUGCAUCUGAAAAGGAUCGCGUCAGCGAUUGAUCAGAUCCCAUUGGGGAUCGAGUUCUCUACCGGUCGAUUUCAAGCACCCAUUACGCUUGGGCCUCCGUCCUCUCACAGUAAAUGA